AGCGGCCAUGCCGGCGCGGGCACGCGCGCGGGUCCCCCCCCUCCCCGCCUUUCCCUCACCCUCUCCCCUCACGCUGCGCGCCCCCGGCCGGGCUGCGUGUGAGCGUGUAAAGGCGCGUGUGAGGCGGGUGUGAGCGCAGCGGAGGUCGGCGGCGGAUCGGUUUCUCGGGGUUUGACCAGCCGGUCCCGGGCUAACCCCCGGCUCGCUCGCCGAAGAUGGAGGCGGCAGCGCCCGGCGGAUCGCCCUUAGCUACGGCGCCGCUGCCUCAGUUUCCAUAGCCGGCCGCCGUGCCCCGCACAAACACCCGCACACACACACAAGGGGGAUGGAAGGGACUCGCUGAGCACUGCACUUUGACUAUGGAAGCAGAGGCUGCUGAUGGAUAUAUAACAUGUGACAAUGAGCUUUCACCCGAAAGGGAGCACUCCAACAUGGCUAUUGACCUCACCUCCAGUACACCCAAUGGGCAGCAUACCUCACCAAGUCACAUGGCAAGCACAAAUUCAGUAAAGCUAGAAAUGCAAAGUGAUGAGGAAUCUGACAGGAAGCCUCUGAGUCAGGAAGAUGAGGUCAGGGCUCAUGAUGAAGGAAGCAGCCUGGAAGAGCCCCUCACAGAGAAUAACGAGAUGGCGGAUAACAGAAAGAUCCAGGAGCUAUCGAGCGAGGGAGGAAUCCGGCUUCCGAAUGGUAAACUGAAAUGUGACGUCUGUGGCAUGGUUUGCAUUGGGCCCAAUGUGCUAAUGGUACAUAAAAGGAGCCACACUGGUGAACGCCCCUUCCACUGUAACCAAUGUGGAGCUUCUUUUACCCAGAAGGGGAACCUGCUGAGGCACAUCAAGUUGCACUCUGGGGAGAAACCAUUCAAAUGUCCCUUCUGCAGCUAUGCCUGCCGACGGAGGGACGCCCUCACAGGACACCUCAGGACGCACUCUGUGGGGAAGCCUCACAAGUGCAACUACUGCGGCCGGAGCUACAAGCAGCGCAGUUCGCUGGAAGAGCACAAGGAACGCUGCCACAACUAUCUGCAGAACGUCAGCAUGGAGGCUGCCGGGCAGGUCAUGAGUCACCACGUACCUCCUAUGGAAGAUUGUAAGGAACAAGAGCCUGUGAUGGACAACAAUAUUUCUCUGGUGCCUUUUGAGAGACCUGCUGUUAUAGAGAAGCUGACAAGCAACAUGGGAAAGCGUAAAAGCUCCACCCCACAGAAGUUUGUGGGUGAAAAGCUCAUGAGAUUUGGCUAUCCAGACAUACACUUUGAUAUGAACCUACCCUAUGAGAAGGAGGCUGAGCUGAUGCAGUCUCACAUGAUGGACCAAGCCAUCAACAAUGCAAUCACCUACCUUGGAGCUGAGGCACUUCACCCCCUGAUGCAGCACACACCAAGCACAAUUGCAGAGGUGGCCCCGGUCAUCAGCUCAGCUUACGCUCAGGUCUAUCAUCCGAACAGGAUAGAAAGGCCCAUUAGCAGGGAAACAGCUGACAGUCACGAGAACAACAUGGAUGGCCCGAUCUCCCUCAUCAGACCAAAGAGUCGAACCCAGGAUAGAGAGGGCUCCCCCAGCAAUAGCUGCCUGGAUUCUACUGACUCAGAGAGCAGCCACGAAGACCGCCAGUCCUACCAAGGAAACUCUGCCUUAAAUCCCAAGAGGAAGCCAAGCCCGGCUUAUAUGAAGGAGGACGCCAAGGCUUUGGAUGCCACAAAAGCUUCUAAGGGCUCUUUAAAGGAUAUCUACAAGGUCAUCAAUGGAGAAGGGGAGCAGAUUAGGGCUUUCAAAUGUGAGCACUGUCGCGUUCUUUUCCUGGACCAUGUCAUGUACACCAUCCACAUGGGCUGCCACGGCUACCGGGACCCGCUAGAGUGCAACAUCUGUGGCUACCGAAGCCAGGACCGCUAUGAGUUCUCGUCGCACAUUGUCCGAGGGGAGCACACAUUCCACUAGGCCUUCUCAUCCAAAGGGGACUCUUAUGAAGUAGAAGAACUGCACAUGAAGAAAUACUGCACUUACAAUCCCAUUUUUCCUCAGACAUUGAUGCGCCUAUUUUGUUAUUGUUGCUGUUGUUGUUGUUGCUGUUGUUUAAUUAUUAUUAUUAACCUUAUUUUUUUUUUGUGGACCCAACCUCAUUUGCUCUGCCCAGCUUAAGAAUGGAAAGAAGGAAGGGAAGGGAUAAAAGAAGGGUUUGUUGUUGCUGUCACUUUUUGGUGAGUGACCUGACUUGCUUUCUGUGGGAGUUGAAAGGCAGUCUGUCUCAAUCAGCUGUAUAUCGUGUCCUAUUUUGGGAUGUUGCUCAACCCUGCUAGGUGCUUUAAAGUCAUGAUGAGUUGCCGCUCAUUUAUAAUUUCAGACAAAUAGGUAGAAACAUUUCAGAGGAGAGCCUUUUUCAAAUGUGCAGAUGCGGUGGGGGGUUCUGGUGGUUGGAGAAGACUGGGGGAUCUUUAUUCUACAGAACGAACAAUUACAUUUAAAGCAAAACUGUUUAGGGAUUUAGGAGCACGAAUCAAAGUCAAUAUUCUUUUCAAAAUUACUUUCUAGGGUGAGCUGCUUUUCUGGGUUCAGUGUGUAUUGCCCCUCUAGAAGGUAAAGAAAAAAGAAAAAAAAAAAAAGAAAUGUAUGUCUUAACACUGUACCACGUAACAGCAGUUUAGUUUCAUAAGUCCUGAGGGCCUUCUGUGGUAAGUCUGAGGCUCUGUACUUUUAUUUUCCUUAACUUAUGAAGCACCUUUUUUAGAAUUGUUGAUUUGCCAUUACUCCAUGCCUAUGUGUUGACUCACUGGCUUCUUAGAGACCCUUGGGAGCCUUACAUAUUUAGUUGCACCCUAUGGUUUAAGAAAUAUCAUUUGCAAAUAACAUUUAAACUUGCUUCUAGGACAGUAAGUGGCCUAGGAGUGGGCGAGAGAGUCUGUAGUUUACUCAAGAGGUUCUGCUGCUCUUCUAAAAUAAUUUUGUUUUAAAAUUACAGAUUUUAAAAUGACAAAAGUACUGGUAGCAAAGUGUUCUUUAAAUAUAAUUAUAUAUCUAUAUAUACCUAUAUAAAUACUUUCUCAUUCUAUUAUCACAGUGUUAACCUCUUGGCAACAGCCUAAACUUGAGACUUGCAGCUGAGAAAACGCUAGGAGCCAGAUCGUCAGCCAGCAUUAAUCCUCUUAGCUCCAUUGAAUUUAAUGGAACUAACCCAACUAUUUCAGCUACGUCAAGAUCUGAGCCUUGAUCGUUUUUUUUUUCCUCUUGUUGACAUCUUAUUAACUGAAACUGUGAUUUCCCUUUGUUUUCUUGUCAUCAAUUCUUCUUUAAUUUAGGGGUGAAAGUGCAGGUUUUGCUAGAUAGCCUUUGCUCCUGGAGAGCCCACAAGCCUUGCAAACAAACAGAUCUCAUAUGAACGUCCCUACUUCUUUAGAAGUUGAUGCGUGGAGAUAUGCAGGUGCUGUGCUUUUGAUUUCAAUUCACAUACUUCAUUUUUAUUCAUAAUUUAUUAAUUUCAAUGUAGAGAAAACAAAGAAACAAACUCCAGAGCAAUUCCUUGAGCUACAGACUGGACAAGGGAAAAAAGAAAGAAAGAAAGAAAAACCACCUAUCUGUUUUGUUUCCUUUCUUUCUCUCCCAAAAAGUAGCAAAGCCAGCAACCACCCAAGUUGCAGGUUGCAGCAGUAAAAACUGGGCUUAAACCUAUGUGACAGAUUGCCAUUGCAACCCAACUGUUUGUACCAAUCACAAUUGAAAUGUUGUUUGGCAACAAGAGCGCAGCUUGAGAAUGGAAAGAAAUGCAUGGGUUUAACCCCCUCCAUGCAAGCGGUCCCCAUGCACUUGGCGAGACCUUUUCCAACGUAUGAAGUUACUAAAGUAUAAAAGAAGAGAGCAAGAUCAGGCCAUAAUGAGUUCCCAUCUGCUCGCUUCAAUCUGCAUACACUAUGCAUAUGCCAGUUUGCUGUUUGUUUUGAGGGUACUGGGUUUUUUUUCUUCUCUUCCUAGACCUGGAGCGUUUAAAAGUAAGGAGCUGAGUGGUAUUGAUUGAAAUCUUUUUAUGGUGACAUUCUUGGCAGCUAGAACCUGUGUUUAGAAAGGAUACAGUAGAUCAUGGCCAGAUUACCUGAUGACUGCUUCCCAGCACUGAAAUGCUAUUAAGUAGGAGCUGGUAAAGUCUUGCAGUAGCCUAUUAAUUAUAAUACAAUAUGGAGAGAAAUGUCAUCUUGUAUAAUGUGAGAGCUAUCAAGGCUGGGAAUAUACGGGCUUUGGAGAGACAGAUUUAAAGAUCUAUUCCCAACAUUGUUCUUAAUGUCGUUGGGUUCCUCCCCCUCCUUCUUUCUUCUUUCUAAUGCAGAGGAAACUCAGGCAAACUAACCUCCAGCCCUUUCUUGCUUUCUUGCACUUGGUGUAACCGAAGGAGAUUGUGCAGGAGAAAAAGGGGUACAUGCUGGAGGGCAUCACUUAGGUUUUGUAUGGCUGAUUGUCUAGAGCUAGGAAGGUUGGCUUAGGAGGUGGCUGGCUGCGUGCUGCAUCAUCCUGGUUGGAAAUCAAGAAAAAGGGGGUUGCUUUUACAGCAUGUCAUAAAACAAGGGUUGGGGAGGGGGAAGGUGGUUGCAACUUCUUCUGAGGCAGCAAGGGUUUUCUAGGAACAAUGUGCAAAGGGGAAAGGUGCUGGGCUUGAAGGUCACUAGGCUUGCAUGGGACUCCAGAAAGCCCCAUGUAUGUGCAAGAGGAAAGGGUGGCCAAGAAUCGCUUUCAGUCUUGGGGGGAUAACAGUCCAUUCUUCCCUCUGGUCAAUGGAGAGAACGGGCUUUGGUUUCUUGGAAUAGCUAGCACUAGGGAGCGA